AUGGCCCAGAUGAUGAAAAACACAAUUCCAUGGCCAACAAUCAUGGUAGUGAUUUCAUGGUACACUUCAAACAUUGGUGUUCUUCUCAUGAACAAAUACUUGUUAACAAACUACGGUUACAAGUACCCUGUUUUUCUCACCAUGUGUCACAUGAUGUUGUGUUCUAUUUUCAGCUACGUUGGUAUUUCAGUUUUGGAUAUUGUACCUUUGCAAAGUGUUCAAUCCAAGAACCAGUUGUUCAAAAUCUGUGGAUUGAGUGUUGUUUUUUGUUUCUCAGUGGUUUGUGGGAACGUGUCGCUUAAUUAUAUUCCAGUGUCGUUUAAUCAAGCUAUUGGAGCUACGACACCGUUUUUUACUGCCGUUUUUGCUUAUGUUGUUAGUAGAAAAAGAGAAGCUUGGGUCACUUAUUGCACCCUCUUGCCUGUUGUGGCUGGUGUCAUCAUUGCUAGUGGGAGUGAACCAAGUUUUCAUCUAUUUGGAUUUAUAAUUUGUGUUGCAUCAACCGCUGCAAGAGCAUUUAAAUCAGUGCUUCAAGCUAUUUUGUUGUCAUCAGAAGGAGAAAAGUUGAAUUCAAUGAACCUGCUACUUUAUAUGGCACCUAUAGCAAUGUUGGUGCUACUUCCUGCAACAUUGUUAAUGGAGGGAAACGUGAUUCGGAUUACGAUAGAACUUGCUAGAGAGGAUUUCAGAAUUGUUUGGUAUCUGCUAUUGAGUUCUUCUCUUGCAUAUUUUGUGAACCUCACUAAUUUUUUGGUGACCAAAUAUACAAGUGCACUCACCCUUCAAGUGUUAGGAAAUGCAAAAGGGGCAGUUGCUGUGGUGAUUUCAAUUUUGAUAUUUCAAAAUCCUAUUUCAAUGAUAGGAAUGCUUGGCUAUGUACUUACUAUCAUAGGAGUUAUAUUGUAUAGUGAAACCAAGAAGAGAUAUACUUAG